CACUGUCCAAUCUGACCCCCGGCUUGAGAGGAGCCCUGUCUGCAGCUGAAGACAUCAUCUGUGCUCUUAUUUCUGAAACGUACAUCCUUUGAUAAUCAUGGUUUCAGCAUGAUGACCAGAACGUUUCAUCUGCAUGACCUUUCUAACAUUAUAGAUAAGGAGCCAGGGUGUCCCCCCUCUCCAUGUGUAGUCCCUAAUGGGCGGCUGGUCUCGCAGUGCCGUGCUGGAGCUCUACCGGGCGCUGCUCCGCGCAGGGCGUCACCUUCAGUACACUGACCGCAAUUACUAUCGCCGUGCCGUGGCUCACGAGUUUCGCCGCUGCCAAGCCCUGACAAUACCUGAAGACAAGGAGGAGGCACUGAGGAGGGGCCAGUUCUUCCUCAACAGCCGAUUGGGUGGGCUUAUGUAG